AUGAGAGGAGCCGUGUUCCUGGCGGUCCUCGUCGCCGCCGCGGCCCUCGGCGCGGCGGCGGCGGCGGGGGAGGGGCGGCCGGCGGCGGUGGAGGUGGACCCGCGGUGGCGGUUCCCGAGCCGGCGGCUGCGGGACGCGUACGUCGCGCUGCAGACGUGGAAGCGGCAGGCCAUCUUCUCCGACCCCCGGAACCUCACGGCCGACUGGGUGGGGCCCGGGGUCUGCAACUACACGGGCGUCUACUGCGCGCCGCUCCCCACGGCACCCCGCAGCCACGGCGGCGGGGAGCUCGCCGUGGCCGGGGUCGACCUCAACCACGGCGACAUCGCGGGGUUCCUCCCGCCGGAGCUCGGCCUGCUCGCCGACCUUGCGCUGCUCCACCUCAACUCCAACCGCUUCUGCGGCGUCCUCCCACCCACGCUGCGCCGCCUCCGCAUCCUCCACGAGCUCGACCUCAGCAACAACCGCUUCGUCGGCCCGUUCCCUGACGUCGUCCUCGACCUCCCCGCGCUCCGCUUCCUCGACCUACGGUUCAACGACUUCGAGGGCUCCGUGCCGGCGCGCCUCUUCGACCGCCCGCUCGACGCCAUCUUCCUCAACCACAACCGCCUCCGCUUCCAGCUCCCGGACAACAUCGGCAACUCGCCGGCCUCCGUCGUCGUCCUCGCGCACAACAGCUUCGGUGGGUGCCUCCCGGCGAGCAUCGCCAACAUGUCCGGCACGCUCAACGAGAUCCUGCUCAUCAACAACGGGCUGAGCUCCUGCUUCCCGGCGGAGCUCGGGCUGCUGCGGGAGCUCACGGUGCUCGACGUCAGCUUCAACGAGCUCGAGGGCCCGCUGCCGCCGGAGCUGGCCCUGAUGAGGAAGCUGGAGCAGCUGGACGUCGCGCACAACCGGCUCACCGGCGCGAUACCGCCGGGGAUUUGCGAGCUGCCGCGCCUCAAGAACUUCACCUUUACCUACAACUACUUCACCGGCGAGCCGCCGGCGUGCGCGCGCGUCGUGCCGCGGGACAGCGACCGGAGCAACUGCCUGCCCAACCGCCCGGCGCAGCGGACGUCGCAGCAGUGCGCCGCGUUCAACGCCCGCCCGCCCGUCAAAUGCGCCGCGUUCCAGUGCAAGCCGUUCGUCCCGCCACUGCCCCCGCCGCGGCUUCCAUCACCGCCGCCGCCCGCGCCACCUCCACCAUCACCUCCGCUGCCGUCACCGCCCCCGCCAUCGCCGUCUCUUCCUCCAGCAUCGCCACCGCCGCCAUCUCCACCACCACCAUCACCGCCGCCGCCGUCUACACCGCCAUCACCACCGCCGCAUUCCCCGCCUCCUCCCGCGCCUGUUCACCGCCCACCGCCACCCCCGGCCGCUCCACAUUGCCCACCAUGCCCCAUUCUGCCCCCACAGCCACCCUGCACACCAACGCAUCCAUGGCCGCCGCCGCCACCGUCUUACCCCGGUCCAUUGCCACCCACAGAUCCUGUUCGAUACGCAUCACCACCACCGCCACCGCAUUACCCCGGCCCAUUGCCACAUGCAGACCCUGUUCGAUACCCGUCACCACCGCCUCCACCGCAUCACCAAAACCCAUGGCCAUCAGUACACCCAGUUCAAUAUGGAUCGCCGCCGCCCCCUCCACUGCAUUGAUAGAAUCUCGAAGGAAUGAAAUUUGAUGGAUAGAUGGUUUGGUUUAGCUCUUGCCCCUCGCCUCCUGCAAUGGCUAACGGCUGCCAGAUUUACCGAUGUACGUGGUCAUUGUCAUGCUUAGCUAAUGGUGUUCUUGGUUGAUGACGACGUAUGUGAAGAGAGUGUGGUAAGCUGGUUACAAUUUUCUGAAUUAUGGUUUGUCGGUGUCAGUCCAGCCGUUGUUGCUGAAAGGGAUUGGAUUGAAGGCGAUGGGUGGGACUUUGGAGCAUUUAGGCUUGGAAUUGGUGGUUAAUUGGCUGUGAAUAAAGAAGAGUUUGAGUGGGACAGAAGAGGAUUGUAGCCUUGUAGGUGCAGGGAUAUCAUAUAUCUGGGUGUAUAGAGAACUUCAGUUCAGUUCAGUCAGACAUAAAGUUUAGAACAAGAAAAUUCAAGUGCUAUUUGUUCCUUUUGUAUCACAGCUAUUAUUGGUUUUUUAUUCUUAUAUUAUUUACUUCGAUUCUUUUAA